AUGAAUGCUGUCAAGGCGCACUUCCGCAGAGACAACCAAUCUGUCGCCCUGCACCCCCACGGCCUGGACUCCUCGGCAGUGGCUCCAGCAGCCCCCAAGAUGUCAAGGCCUGUUCUGGCUGGCCUGGUAUUUAUGGUCCUGAUCAUUGCCAUCUCUUUUACGGCUCUCUUUUACGUUCUACAGAAACCAAGACCUGCACCAGAGUCCUAUGCCUACUCACAAGAGUUUCUUGGAGACAACAUUACCUGGCAGUUACCUGUGGAACCCGACAAUCCCUACCACUUUGGGGUGGCAGAGUUACAAAAGACCCUCCAGGUGUUUAAAGACCACGUGGAGAACUCCAGUACCUGGACUGCAGAGAUCCAGAUAUUGAUGUGCAGAGUGGAUAAUGUCAGUUCUCAGAUCCAGAUGCUCAGUGGUCAUCUGAAAAACGCCAGUGCUGACAUCCAGAUGGUAAAAGGCAUUCAAAAAGAAGCUAGUACCUUGAGCUUCCAGGCCCAGAUGUUAAAAAGUUCCUUGGACAGGGCCAGUGCUGAGAUCCAAAGACAAAAGGGGGAUAUGGAAAAGGCAAAUGCUUUAAAUUCCCAGGCCCAGAGUUUCUUAAAAACCAGUUUAGAAAACACCAGCUUUGAGCUCAACGUGUUAAGCAGAGGCUUAGAAAAUACCAACAGUGAAAUUCAGGCGUUGAAGGCAGGGUUGAAAAUGGCAAAUGCCCAGGCCCAAUUGGCAAACAAUAGUUUAAAGGAUGCUAAUGCUCAGAUCCUGGUUUUAAGAGGCAAUCUGGAUAGUGUCAAUCAUUUAAGGGACCAGAAUCAGGUUUUAAGUGAUAGUUUGAAAAGAACCAAUGCUGAGAUUCAGAAGCUAAAGGGAAGCCUGCAAAAUGCAAGUAACUUAAACUCCCAGACCCAGACCCUUAUAAGAGGCAGUUUAGACAACACUACUGCUGAGAUCCAGUCAUUAAGAGGUCAUUUGGAAAGGGCUGGCAAUGAGAUUCACUUGUUAAAAAGUGAUGUGGAAACAGCCACCACCCAGACCCAAAUAGCAAAUGGUCGCCUAGAGCAGACCAAUGCUCAGAUCCAAGGAAUGAAAACACAACUGGAAAACACCAAUGCCUUACAUUCCAAUAUUCAGGUGUUAAGCGAUCAGUUGGAAAAUGCCAGCAAAGAGAUACAAAUCCUGAAACAAGGAAUGAAGGAUGCUGCGACCUUACAGUCCAAGACCCGGAUGCUAGAGAGCAAUCUGCAGAAGGCCAAUGCCGAGGUUCAGAGGUUAAAAGGGGAGCUAGAGAGCACUAAAGCACUAACUGUGAAAGUCCAGGAGCAGCAGAGUAGCCUGGAGACCCUCCGAGCAGCCUUUGCUUCGCAGGAGCAGCUACAUAAAUCCCAAAAUGAACUUCUCCAGUUGAUCCUGCAAGGCUGGAAGGUCUACGGCAGCAACAUGUAUUACUUUUCUCAUGCCAUGAAGUCUUGGCAGGAGGCUGAGGAGUCCUGUGUGUCCCAGGGAGCCCACUUGGCCUCCGUGACUUCUGCAGAGGAGAAGGCAUAUCUGACAGAGAUCACACGGUCCAGCUACUACUGGAUUGGCCUCACCGACAGGGACAGGGAGGGCUCUUGGCGCUGGAUUGAUGGGACACCAUUCAAUUAUGCCAGCAGCAAAGCGUUUUGGUUCACUAAUCAGCCAGACAACUGGCAACACAGGGAUGGGCAGGACGAAGAUUGUGUUCAUCUUCAGCAGUAUUGGAAUGACAACAACUGCAAUGCCCUCCAUCAGUGGAUCUGCAAGAAGCCCAUCAGUCAGGGUGUGGCCUGA